UUAUGCUUUCGUCAAGAGAUUUGAAAUUGUACGCACAUAGCCAAAGAACGGAAAAGCGCAUCACAAACGUAGCAGUGAAAAAGCAUUCAGUGCCACAGUUUCCAGCAGCAAUAUGUUGCUUACGGUGCAGAAAGUACUUUUUCGCGAAUAAAAAAUGUUUUGAGUUUUAGUGUCCAGUGUUUUUCGCAAGGGCAGCCGCCGGGGUCAGAGUUCUCCGAGUUGAAAAUAAAAAUUCCGAACGAGGGCAACUCCUUUUUUGGAUACACACGACGGAGUGCAGGUGGUUCAUUUGCUUUCCAGUGAAGAGUCAUCCUACGCAUAAGACCAUACAAUGGCAGGUGAUUUUUCGGGGUGUACCGCCCGAAAGAAGAACCGUGCCCAAUCGAUCGAGUACAAUCCGGCCAAGAUUGACAACGGGGAGACUUCAAAGCAGCAAACCAAUCCGCUGACCACUCGGAGCGGGUUGCGAGUUUACAAGAUUGUGAUUCUGGGUGAUGGUGGCGUAGGAAAAUCAGCCGUCACGCUUCAAUUUGUUAGUCACAGUUUUCUGGACUAUCAUGAUCCAACGAUUGAGGACUCGUACCAGCAGCAAGCAGUUAUCGAUGGUGAAGCAGCACUGCUGGACAUUCUUGAUACGGCCGGACAGGUCGAGUUCACUGCCAUGCGGGAUCAGUAUAUGCGAUGCGGGGAAGGCUUCAUCAUUUGUUAUUCCGUCACUGACCGGCACAGUUUCCAGGAGGCAUCGGAAUACCGGAAGCUGAUCGCUCGGGUGCGGUUAACCGAAGACAUACCACUGGUGCUGGUUGCCAACAAGCUGGAUCUACAGUCGCAGCGGAAGGUAUCAACGGAGGAAGGGAAAACCUUGGCGAAACAAUUUGGCUGUCCCUUCUACGAAACUUCUGCUGCUCUGCGACAUUACAUAGACGAAGCGUUUUUCUCUCUGGUGCGCGAAAUCCGAAGAAAAGAAGAACAACGGGCUCUCAAUGGUGGAUCAAGUUCCGAAAAAAUCCACUCCCGACGCCGUAGUCGCUGGUGGCGAUUGCGUUCGAUAUUCGCCCUUGUAUUCCGUCGGCGCCGGAAUGCAAAUGGAAGUAUCUAAAACCAAGGUAAAACAUUUCAUUGGGAUCGUAAGCCCAGCCCGCACGAUCAGAGUGGUUAGUUUAGGCACUUUAGGGAAAAGCGACAUCUAUCCGGAUAGUGAUUUUGAUGUCGUGCAGCAGUGUUCGGAAACAUUUUUUGAGCGAUUCUCAUGAGUUAUUUUUCUUCAGCAAAUGAAUCAAUAAUUUUAGAACAAAGAAUGACCAAAGUGCAUAACAAUCACUGUAAUUGGAUUACUUUCAGUGUAUUUAAGUUUAUUGUGGUGACACUACUAGGAAUUAUGGAUAAGUUUAUACUUCACUCUCAAAAAACUCUUAUUUAUGAAACAACAAUUGUUACAGGAAGUAUCUAUAAUGUGUAAACAUCGUAGUUGACGCAUGAACUAAUCGACCAAAAAUUGCACCAUAGUUGCAGAAUAUUCCACAAUGAUAGGUUACGUUUGAAUAGAGUUGUUAAAUAGUCAGUUAAGAAAUUGUGGCGCUGAAAAUUGCUUCGUUUGUCUUGUUUCGAGAUAAUCAACAUAACUAAACAUCAACAUCGAGCGUUAAUAUGAAGUUUCCUGGUUUGUGUGAUCGGUUCACUGAAGAUUUCAGAUCGUUAUCGUUAAGAUUAUACUACAAUAGAAUGGUAAGAUUUGAUGUAAUUCGCAAUGUUGAAGCAGAAGAUACUGUAAAAAAUUAGGUGCAUUAGUUCGAGAGAUUGAGUAAAACACAUACAGUUGUUGACGAAACAAUAAUUGGUUCGAAACCGUAUAUGAAUCUUCAGGAGUGUAUUAGGUUCGUUUGUUAACAGCAUUUAUUGUAUUUUAGUUUUGAAUCUUUCUCUAUUUUGAACAUGCAGAGCAUUUUGGAUUGACUGUCUGUGAUUCAACAAAACAUUGUUUAUUACUCAAUAGUUCUCUUAUAUUUAUGGGGUUAAGACUUGAAAACCUUUAUUUUUUCAACUGUCAACUAGGCCAUCUGUCUCCUAAGAUAAACCAAAGCCUACCAGUAUUGAAUAAGCGUAAGACAAGUAUUCACACAGGGUUCCCAUAGUAGUUGUAGACACAUUUUAACCUGCAACCAUACCUGCAUACCAAAAAAGUCAACCUAAACCUUAGUCUUAUUGAGCUUCUUAUUGCUGCUCACAGCCGAGUAUGGAAAGUUUUGAGGGAAAACAAACAUCACUUUUUGUAGCUGGUUUUCUAUAGCAUACACACCAAUAUAUUCAAUCAACCGAAACAACAAGCAAGAAACAUCAAACAUUGAUUCAACGACUAGAUUUCCGGAGGACGACGAAACGAUAUAUUUCCUAUACUAUGUGUAGAUCUACUACUCGUGUACUACUAGCUUAGCUGUUAACAAUUAAGUAAAAGAAUACAGAAAAGAUAAAGCUUAAGUAGGUAAAUCAUGAAGAAAAAACACUAUAUUGAAGCAUUCGAAACAGUUCGAUUCGAUUUAACAUUACCAUUCCAUUAGUUAACAUAUAAUUAAUUACAUGUAUUAAUCGAUGCUGUAAUCUAGAGUUUUAUUUUCAUUUUUGAAAAUAUGUUUGUCUCAAGUAAUUUCUGAUUCAAUAUUAAGACACAUGUUUAAUCACCGCUGGGAUUUCAUCUAAUAAUGGGCAUCACUACAGACUCUCAUAGUAACAGACUGGCAAAUACUUCUUAGGGAGUCAAACGAAUCGUCAAAUUCCCACAUAGGAAUUCUACUAUCCGUUUGGCUCCCUAAGCAGUAUUCGUCGGUCUGUUACUAGGAGAGUCUGAAGGCAACUCGUCAACAUUGCAACUGGCCAAAUUUUUCUCUGCAUAACAAUAUUUUUCAUUUUAAUAUGUGACAAAACGAUCAAUCGUGCAUUAAAAAAAAAUUUUUAAAUUUUUCAUGAAUCAAUAAAUCACGAUAAUACGCUCAGUGCAUCAAAUUGGAUGAUAAAAAGGGUCCCCUUUAUUUUCCCUGGUUCCUAAUUCCGGUGGCAGAAGAAAUGUAUCACAAUUUCCAUUAAGAGAAGAAAAUCUUAAAAUGUUUUUCUCUUCACAAAACUGUCUGUUCGCUGAGCUUCAGUGACAAAAUUUCUGAAAAAAAUUGCAGAUUUCGCCUAUUUUCUUAAAUUUGAAUUCACAUCAAGAACAAGACGAAAUUUUUUGACACUUGAGAAAGAAUAAAGAAACAGUAUUCUUUUCAGCGUUUUUGCGAAAGAAAUUGUGGAAGACUAUUUUUGUAGUGAUUAAAUUCAGCAAAAUUACUUGAACAUUAUUAUGUGAGAGUAAUGGAAACAUUAGGGUAACAGAGGUAUUUUGGCCACUUCAUAUAUAGCGGUUUUCAGCUGAACAUAGAAUGCGACGGAAUUGUCGCAGAAUAGCGAAAUAAUGAGCGUCAGACCAUGGAUGCCAGUUUUGCAGAUUGGCAUGUAAAUUUGCAAUUUCGCUUGUUAGCAGACAUUGGAAUUAAGCAGACUUUUUUUGCAGAUUUUCGAAGUUUUUAUAAACAAUGACUUUUUAAAUUUAAUGACUUUUGCUAUUACUGUAGGGUUUUUGUUUGGUUUUUUUUUUCGUGAAAAUUUUAAAUUUUGAGCUGGCAUCUCUGCCAAAUUUUACCUGGCAUCUCUGCCAGAAAAUUGGACAGUUGUUUUAACCCCUUCCCUGUCUGUUGUAUUGAAAUUAACUAGCAUUAGAGCCACAAGAAAAAUAAAUCGACUGGUGGAUUGAGGUCAAUUGCAGUUUCAACUGGUAAUAUUCCUUAGCGACUGUGUUAGUGUUAUUUCAUUGUUCAUCAACAAAUAUAUAUCUGUCAGACUUUUUGGAGUGGACGAUUUACAAUUUUUUGCAAUAGUUUAUUUUUAUAGUUAAAAUCGAUAAUGUUUCGAAUAAAGUACGAGGUUAGGAAGACCAAGGCGUCGAUUAAUACAAAAUAUGAAUGAAAAGAAAUAUACCAAGCACAAAAUAAUCAUUAUGUGAAAUAAAUAACACACGCUUUAAAAAUCGGUGCAAGUUCUAGCUGAUGGCAAAUCACAUACGCUUUAUCAAAAUGAAUUGAUUAUGAUUGAAGUUUUCCUUAUAAUUAUUCAGCUAAUAGAAAUUUGUCAUUGUAGCGGUAGCAAUUUAAAAAAUAUUUUUUCUGGCUCGUGGUCUCGAAGGGGUUGAAUCGAUGCGAAUGACAGUUUUGCUAUCUUUGCGGCAUUUUGUCGCUAUCUUAUUACAUCGCAAUCCUUCCUAACCGACAGUGAAAAUUACAAUAU